AUGCCGCAAAAGGAGGAUAACUUAGGAAAGAAAUGCCCGAACUUAUAUAUUAUAUCAACAAAGGAUAAAACGGUUUCUAGCUUGUUCGCGGCGAAGCACAAAACCAGGCCAGAGAUGGUGAAGCAAAUAUUGGGUAGGCUCAUCCUACUGACUGACCAAUUCACAAGGGUUUUGGACAGGGCCGUUGUGACAUCCAGGGACCACAGCUUCAUCCCCCACCAGCUUAAAUCCAAGUCUAAAGAGCUGGCAGGACUUCUCCGCCAACUCAGCUGCUCCAACCUCGGCACCUAUGAUCGCCCCGCACGUGCGAUCAUCAACCAAAUCGAAGAAACCCUCGACAGGUGUCUGUUCCGGCUGCUCAAGCAUCCCAAAUGCAUCAUUAUCAAGAUCAUCAAGAAGCGGUUCUCCACCUUCAUCCCCGUUACUUGUUUCCUCGAAAUCUCGGCGCAUCUAGACGCUUCAAUCGGGGAUGUGUCUUGGCUGAUCCGUUUCUGGAGGGCCGAGCCCCCGGACGAGGACUUGGGACGGCCUCCAAUGUUAUUAAAGGAACCCACUCUGUGGCUUGUUUGGGAAGAGAUUGCAAGUCUUCAUCACCCGGCUGUAUCCGUCCAAGCUCGAUGUAGUGCUGCAGCUUCACUCGGUCAGCUUGCCAGGGACCACGAGAGGUACAUGACGUUGAUCAUCCGGGAGGGUGGAGUGGAAGCCUUGUUGAAAUUGAUGGAGGAGGGUCCAAUGGAAGGCCAAGAGAACGCUGCCAGGACCCUUGGGUGGCUGGGACGUUCCUGCGAAAUCGUCGAACACCUUCAUGUGGAUGUAUGUAAAGUGUUUGCGAAAAUCCUCAGAGAAGGCUCCUUGAAAGUUCAGGUUGCAAUGGCCGAGGCGGUGUCAUUGCUCUCAUAUCAGCACCCCGAAUUGCAAGAUGUUUUUGCGCAGCACGAUGUUGUCCGCUUGCUCAUCGGCCAUCUUGCAUUCGAAACUGUUGAAGUGCAUAGCAGCAAAACGACAAUGACAAUGACAAUGCCAAUGCUAAUGAAGACCCAGCCACCAAGGAAAAAAUGA